AUGAGCUUGCACAGAGCAUCUCAGUUAAGUACAUUCGCAGAGACCAACGGCUCGACCAGCCGUGACGAGGACCUCAGUCCGUCCGAGUCCUGGCGCGAAGACGCCAGCGAAUUAUUUACUGCUGCCCAACUUCCUAGCGGCCGCUACAUUCCCAACCGGCUUGUCAAGGUAGCGAUGUACGAGCACAUGAGCGCGCUCUUUGGCGGGCCCCCAAACGACGCGCACCUCAAGCUGUACGCGCGCUGGGCCGAAGGUGGGUGGGGUAUGGUCUGCACGGGAAACGUGCAGGUGUGUGAGGACCACCUUAGCCUCGGACGCGACGUGGUCGUCCCGGCGCGUCUCACCCCGGAGACGAUAGAGCCCUUCACGUGCCUCGCGAGGGCGAUACAUUACGGGAGUGCAGAGGGCGCGGAGGGAAAUGGAGAGAAGAGGACAGUGGCGGUUUUGCAACUGUCGCAUCCUGGGAGGCAGUCGACGAACAUCAUUGGGGGCCGCUGGCCGUUUGCGCCUCCAGUGGCUCCGAGUGCGGUCCCGGUUGGGCGGAGGACGGCGGACGGAGAGGGGUCCGCGUCGGCGCUGCUGUCUCGCUUGGUGCACACCGUUUUCUUCCAGACGCCUCGCCCAAUGAGUUUGUCGGAUAUCAGCGACGUUGUGGAGAGCUUUGUGAGGGGCGCGGAACUCGCGGUAGCCAGUGGUUUCGAUGGAGUGCAGCUGCACGCCGCGCAUGGAUAUCUUAUUUCGCAAUUCAUGUCUCCCAAGACGAACCGGCGUAUCGACGAAUACGGCGCUCCGGAGAAUGCAUUACGCUUUUUGCACGACAUUGUAUCUGCUAUCAGGGAUAAUGACAAGAUCCCCGAUGAGUUCAUCCUCGGCAUCAAGCUAAACGCAGCGGACUAUGUCGAUCACGGGGGCUCCGACCGAGCGCCGCCAGUCGACUCAAAUCACAACGAAGAGAAUCAAGCCCUCGAGCACGUACGCCAGAUCGCGGAGUGGGAAAUGCUCGAUUUCAUGGAAGUGAGCGGAGGCGACUACGAGGAUCCCGCCUUCAUGACCAAAACGACGUCACCCAGACAGGCAUAUUUUACAGAGUUCGCGCACGAAGUCAAGCAGAUGAUCGCCUCCCAAUUCCCCAAGCCACCUCUAAUCCUCCUCACGGGUGGUCUGCGCACGCUGCCUCUGAUGUCGUCCGUCUUGAAGCACGGCCACGCGGACCUGCUCGGCAUCGGCAGGCUGUCGGUCUUGUGCCCCGACUUGCCGCGCACCCUCGAAGCGGCCAUGACGGGGGACCUCACGACCGAUCGCUUCCCCAUGGAGCCCUUGCCUGAACCUGACCUCGAAUCGCCGGUGGUAGCACCGUCUCGCCGAAGUUCGUUACAACACGCACGAGCUCUCUUCUUCCAUAUCCAAGCAUAUAUGCUCGCCCGAUCCUGGGCCCUCCUCCCCGUCCGGCUCCCGCCGCUUGUCGGCGCAGGGACGGCAAUGGCAUGGUACAUGGUCACGAUGCGGCGCGUCGCAGCGCAGGAACCGGUGGACUACAGCGUCGGCGGGGUCGAGGCGGUGCUGAGGAUGUGGCUGUGGCUCGCACCGGAUUCGCGAGGGUGUAGGGGGUUGGUGGACGGUGUGCUGGAGUCAUGGUGGGGGAUGGGCGUAGUAGGUGUGCUCCUGGGCUUCGUCCUGGGGAUCGGGUUGCCGAUAUGA